UUCCGCCGCGCGGAGGCGCUUCUUGGCGGCUGCUUAAAAGCCUGAGGAGCCGGAGUGACUGACGUUCCCGCCUUCUUCCUUCCAGUCCGCGACUUCUGGGUCAGACAUGGACAAAGUCUGUGCGAUUUUUGGAGGCUCACGAGGCAUUGGCAGGGCGGUGGCCCAGGUGAUGGCCCCGAAAGGCUACCGGCUGGCCCUUGUCGCCAGGGACCUGCGAGUGGCUCAGGCCGCCGCCAGUGACCUCGGCGGAGAUCAUUUGGCAUUUAGCUGUGAUGUUGCUAAAGAACAUGAUGUUCAAAAUACAUUUGAAGAAAUGGAGAAACGUUUAGGUCCAAUACGUUUCCUCGUAAAUGCAGCUGGUAUUAACAGGGAUAGUCUUUUAGUAAGAACUAAAACUGAAGAAAUGGUAUCUCAACUUCAUACUAACCUCCUUGGCUCCAUGCUGACAUGUAGAGCUGCUGUGAAGACUAUGAUUCAGCAGCAGGGAGGAUCUAUUGUGAAUGUAGGAAGCAUUAUAGGUUUAAAAGGCAAUUCUGGCCAGUCCGUGUAUAGUGCCAGUAAAGGAGGAUUAGUUGGGUUUUCACGUGCUCUUGCUAAAGAGGUAGCAAGAAAGAAAAUUAGAGUGAAUGUAAUUGCACCAGGAUUUAUUCACACAGAUAUGACGAAACACUUGAAAGAAGAACAUUUUAAGAAAAACAUUCCUCUUGGGAGGUUUGGAGAAGCUAUUGAGGUGGCACAUGCUGUUGUGUUUCUUUUAGAAUCACCGUAUAUUACAGGGCACGUUCUAGUAGUGGAUGGGGGAUUACAGCUCACCAUGUAAUUUAUGGAUUAUUCAGUUAUAAGGGUGGUUAGAAUCAAGGGCACGCUUUGGCUGUUGAUUAAAUAAUCACACCUACAUGGAUGAUAUUUGCUUAUCAAACCCACUCAUGCCACAAAUGUUGAUUUCCAUCCUUACAUGACUACAUCUAAAAAGAA